UUAAAUUUGGAGGUACAAUGCUGUAAUAGAAAGAAAUGAAGGUAGGAUGCUAUAAUACACAAAUAAUAAAAGUAUACUUGUUGCAUUUAGCAUCUUCUACAAUAUACAGGCUCUAUUUAUGGUUUGUUUGCUGUUUGAUAUGCCAGUUCAUUUUCCCUCAUCUUUGGCAGGUGUCAUUAGAUCUUGUUAAAGCUUGUAUGCAAAGUUCAUUGAUUGGGAUAAACAGAUGAUUGACCUGGAGACUGGCACUUCAGCCAAUGCAAAAACAAUAAGUGAAGAUCUGGGUCAAGUUGAGUACAUACUGACAGAUAAAACAGGGACACUUACAGAAAAUAAGAUGAUUUUUAAGAGAUGUUGCAUUGGGGACAUUCUUUGCCCAAGCGGAACGGUCUCAUAUAAGGCACAGUCGCAGGAUGAGGAAGCUCUAGUGCGUGCAGCUGCUUCCUUGCAUAUGGUUUUUGUUAACAAGAAUUCUAACAUACUUGAAAUAAACUUUAAUGGGUCGUUAAAGCAGUAUGAGGUGCUGGAGUACCUGGAGUUUACCUCUGAUAGGAAAAGAAUGUCGGUGGUUGUUAGAGAUUGUGAUAAGGGGAAUAUUAUGCUUUUGUCGAAAGGAGCAGAUGAAACUAUUCUUCCAUGUGCAUAUGCGGGACAUCAAACCAAGACAUUUUCUGAAGCUGUAGAUCAAUAUGCCCAAAUGGGGCUACGGACUUUGUGCUUGGCUUGGCGUGAAUUAAAUGAGUUGGAAUAUCAAGAUUGGUCUGUGAUGUUUAAAGAGGCUAAUAGCACAUUAGUUGACAGAGAGUGGAGAGUAGCUGAGGUUUGCCAAAGAUUGGAACAUGACCUUGAAAUACUUGGGGUUGCUGCGAUAGAGGACCGUUUACAGGAUGGUGUGCCAGAGACGAUUGAAACCCUCAGAAAAGCUGGGAUAAAUUUCUGGAUGCUUACUGGUGACAAACAGAAUACCGCUAUACAGAUUGCUCUUUCCUGCAAUUUUGUUUCCCCAGAACCCAAAGGGCAGCUUCUGUUAGUUAAUGGAAAAACAGAAGAUGAAGUUUGCAGAAAUCUGGAAAGAGUUUUGCUUACAAUGAGGAUAACAAAAGCAGAACCUAAGGAUGUGGCUUUUGUGAUAGAUGGAUGGGCUCUUGAAAUUGCACUCAAGUAUUACCGGAAAGCAUUCACAGAGUUGGCAAUAUUGUCACGGACAGCUAUAUGUUGUAGGGUUACACCAUCCCAGAAAGCACAGCUUGUAGAGCUUCUUAAAUCUUGUGACUACAGAACCCUGGCCAUUGGGGAUGGUGGGAAUGAUGUGAGGAUGAUCCAACAAGCUGAUAUUGGUGUUGGCAUAAGUGGGAGAGAAGGACUACAGGCAGCAAGAGCAGCUGAUUACAGUAUUGGGAAGUUCAGGUUCCUUAAAAGAUUGAUACUUGUCCAUGGGAGAUAUUCAUAUAACCGCACCGCAUUUCUUUCACAAUAUUCAUUCUAUAAAUCCUUACUCAUAUGCUUCAUCCAGAUUUUUUUCUCAUUCGUUUCAGGUGUAUCUGGCACCAGCCUUUUCAACUCUGUGAGCCUCAUGGCUUAUAAUGUUUUCUACACCAGUGUUCCUGUUCUAGUCAGUGUUCUUGACAAAGAUCUCACUGAAAAAACUGUUAUGCAGCACCCGCAAAUAUUAUUUUACUGCCAAGCAGGGAGGCUUCUCAAUCCUACUACAUUUGCUGGAUGGUUUGGGCGUGCUCUUUUUCAUGCGAUUGUUGUGUUUGUGAUAACCAUACAUUCAUAUGCCUUUGAGAAAAGUGGGUUGGAGGAGGUAUCAAUGGUGGCACUUUCUGGCUGUGUCUGGUUACAAGCUUUUGUGGUCACAUUGGAGACCAACUCAUUUACAAUCUUCCAACAUGUUGCCAUAUGGGGAAAUUUAGUGGUUUUCUAUAUCAUCAAUUGGAUUGUGAGUGCUGUGCCACAAUCCGGGAUGUACACAAUCAUGCAUCGCUUGUGUAGACAGCCCUCUUACUGGAAUACUAUGUUUCUGAUAGUAGCUGCUGGGAUGGGUCCGGUGCUAGCUUUGAAGUACUUCAGGUACACAUACAAAUCAAGCAAAAUCAACAUUCUUCAGCAAGCGGAGCGCUUGGGUGGCCCCAUCCUCUCACUUGGAAACAUUGAACCGCAGCCAAGAUCAUUAUUAUUAGACAAUGAUCUGGAUCUGGCCCCCUUGUCAAUUUCUCAGUCCAAGAAUGGCCGCAACUCUGUUUUCGAGCCGCUUCUCUCAGAUUCACCCAAUGCCGUCAGACGCUCUUUCGGGCCCGGGGCUGCAUUCGACUUUUUCCCAUCCCAGUCCAAAUCUUCCACCUAUUCCCGAAAUAAGGACAAGUAA